AUGCCUCAUAGCGAUGACAGGCUAAUUGACUUCGGCGAGCUAUACGGCUACGACAGCUUCACCGACGUCGUCGGUGUGAUUGGUGGACUGGUCACGACGGCGGACGCAACUGCGGCGGAGUACUAUACGGCUCUUGACGGGACACCGGCCAGAGCAGGCCGAGAGUGUUACGACGGAUGCAUAAUCGCAUACCAGCCUGAUCCCGAUAUCAACUACGCCUCCGAAAGCAAAUGGUUUGCGCUGGUUGUCAGCUCCAAUGAACAUGGCGGGCCCGUAGCCAUUCGACCGUUCCUCUCGGGCGCGCGUCUGUACGCGCUGGCACAGGGGAACGUGCCGGGCAUUAGCAAUCCCCAGCAGUUGCUACAGGAGCUACAGGCCGCUGAGGUGCCCAAGAACGCGCAACUUAUCAUCUAUAACGCCGUCCAUGAUUUGCCAUAUACCGACAUUUGCCACGUGCUUACUGUUGGAGAGUUCCGUACGCUGAGCUUCUACGGCUGCCUAGCUGUACAUCUGCAAGAAAAUGGGCACACUAACUUAGUGGAGGUCGAGUAG